CUCAAAUGCAAAAACUUCAGAGUACUUUUCUGCCUCAUGGUUGACACGAGAAGUAGAAAGGACUGAUUCUGCUAAACUCCUCCAAUUCCGUGGUUUGAAGCAUCUGACAAAGUCCUCUGUUAACCGUUGAGCCGCAACCAAAUCCUUACUAUCCUUCGGUGACAUCCAAUAUGGUAGUUCCAGCGACUCAGCCCAAGAAGAAAUGUGCCGUCCUAGGGGCAACAGGCUCCGUGGGCCAGAGAUUCAUUCUCCUUCUGGCCAACCAUCCCAUGCUCCAUUUACAGGCCGUUGGAGCUUCGACGAGAUCCGCUGGCAAACUAUACAAAGAUGCUGUCAGAUGGAAACAAGCUCGACCAAUGUCGGCCGAGUUGGCCAAUCUCGAGGUGAGGGAAUGCAAGGCGAGCAACUUCACAGACUGCGACUUGGCGUUCUCCGGCUUGGAUAGCGAUGUCGCUGGAGAAGUCGAAAUGGAGUUUCUCAAGGCGGAUAUUCCUGUUUUCUCAAACGCAAAGAACUACCGCAGAAAUCCGGUUGUUCCGCUGGUCGUGCCGACGGUCAACCUUUCACACCUGGCACUAAUCCCCCACCAGCGGAAAUACUUUGGUCUCAACAAAGGAUUUCUGGUCUGCAACUCCAACUGCGCCGUCAUAGGCAUCGUCAUCCCCUUUGCAGCGCUACAAGCAAAGUUCGGACCGGUGGAAGAUGUCGAGGUAUUCACCGAGCAAGCAGUAUCAGGCGCCGGCUACCCAGGGGUGGCGAGUAUGGACAUUAUGGACAACGUCAUCCCUUACAUUGCAGGGGAAGAAGACAAACUCGAGACCGAAGCUCAAAAAAUAUUGGGCUCGAUCAAUUCGGAUGCGACGGCGUUUGAGGAACAGUCCGGCCUAACGGUGGGUGCUACGUGUACGAGAGUGGGUGUCACAGAUGGCCACAUGGCCUACGUGUCGUUGCGAUUCAAGCAGAGGCCUGCGCCCACGGCCGAGCAGGUGAAGGCGGCCCUGAGAGAAUAUGUGGCCGAGGCGCAGAAGCUUGGAUGCCCCUCCGCCCCUGAGAACGCCAUCGUCGUCUUUGACGAGCCGGACAGGCCUCAGCCCCGGCUUGACAGGGACAUCUCAGGAGGCUAUGCGGUCAGCGUGGGCAGGGUUCGAGAGGCUGCCAAAGGGUCACACUUCGACAUCAGGUUUGCGGCAUUGAGCCACAAUACCGUCAUUGGAGCGGCCGGCUCUUCUAUCCUGAAUGCCGAGGCCGCGAUCAUCCAGGGGCUGCUAUGAAUGGGUCCUCACCACUCUGUAGCAAAUGAGGCCGUAAAAUCUAUAAUUCCAAAAGUUGAGGGGAACGGCAUAAUUGUGUAACGCUUAGAAGAAAAUGAAUGUGUUAUCCCAGA